AUGGGACUACUCGCGGACAAGUAUUUCGUGGAAAAUCUUGUGGGUAAAAUAAGUGAAAUACGAGUCACGACUUUCAAAAAGAAUAGUAUAUCAGCAACGGUAAAAUGCUCUAUGAAUCCGGAAACACCUAUGUCCUGUAUUGAAAUCGCCUCCAAAACAAAGUUUCUUGACUUACCGGACUGCUAUCUUACACCCCUACCAAUUACUGAAAAUAAACACAAAUAUUUAUUAAAGCUUUGCUCAGACCAAGUUAUACCACAACAAUUUCAUGCAGAGUACUUAGCUUUAACUUUCAACAAAAAGGUGAAAGAUACUUUACCCGAUACUGACAUCGAAGAUAAUGUUGACCAGUAUUUAACUUAUCUGUAA